AUCACUUAAACCGGAUUAUCAUUAUCUUCAUCUUCUAGCCGCCGACCUCUUCUUCUCCUCCUCCUCUUGUUUACUAUAGAUCUUCUGUGUAAUAUCUCUUUAUUCUUCUUAUCCUUCGUUUCUUCCUCUUUUCUUCUUAAACCUAAUAUCAUCACCACCACCACCAUCAUCUUUUUGUUCUGAUAAAUUUACUCUAUCUUGGUUCAUAUACAUCAUGGCUGGUAAUUCUCCCAAAGAAACAGAAAUAGAAGUACUUCAGGUUUUUCCCCUGAAUGUGUAUUAUCCGGUCCAACAAGUUAUUUUUCGAGUUAAGCAGAACCAAAAAGCGUAUGAUCGCUUUUUUAAAGCGGCUGCAGAUUGUCCUGGCAGUUCUAGCAAACCACCAAGAAGGCAGCAAAAACCAAAGAAAAAACCCACCCAACCCCGGCGACAAAUACCUCCGGAUUUGAAGAUCAUACCGGGCCAUUUUCACCUAAAACGACACCUAGUACCAGAUGAUUGGUAUGUUGAAGGAGAAAGACGGGAUAGCGACGGAAAGACAAUCGACUGGAAAUUUCAUGAACCACCAGGCCCGGAUGGAAUUCGUAGGACACCCCUUAGGUCUGUCAAGCAGGUCCUAAAAUACAUAAAGGAUAAGCAAAAAGUUGCUGAGAAGGGAGAGGAGCCGGAAACUAUCAAUGCUGUGAAGAGGAGAAAGGUAAAUUAAGUAUCCGGCAGUGAGAGAGUUCCCAUUCAGGGAUGACUGUGAGAAAUUAAGUAGGGUUAAUUGGAAUAAGAACCUGGGUAGGAGUUAGGGCUAUAUAUGGAGAACUAUGGAGUACCUAAGGUUAGUUGUGUAAUUUUAAUUCUUUCUUUUGAGCGACUCACUGGCUCGUGUAGUUGAGCGCCUUUUUUUUGUGUAUUUUUUUUGCUUAUCAAUGUAAUUUUGUUUGAGAUAUUUGCUGGUUUAUAAUCAUAUGAUGUACGGCAAAAAAAAUAAUAGAAAGCAUCGCUGCUGUUGCUCGGUAAAUCUGGUGUUGCGAGAUUUAAACCCCAUUGAGCAUCCCCAAUCCCAUAUCAAUUUUCCCGCCUUAUAGUUUGUAAAAGAGUCAUCCCAUAUUCCCAUUUCAGAACCCAAUUUCCGAUUUCUUCUCGAUUGCUAAUUAAUCCAGAAAAAACUUUCUUCUGAUAAUCUGAUGGAUGCAAUUUCAGAUUGGGAAAGACCCUUUUCUCAACAAGAACUUGACGAAAUCGAUGCAGUUAUUGCUUCUGUAACACCACAAAUUAAACCACACAAUGAUAUUAAUAGGGUUCCAUUAAACAAUCGGCGAUUACCCAAUUGGGGAAUUCAUAAUUGCACAAAUCGGAAUGCUGGUUCUUUUUCUGGUUCAUCCUCUAACCCUAGAAAUCAAGUUAGCAAUAAGGUGGAAUACCCGGAAAUGAAAUUCGGAGGACGUAUUGUGUACAGUAAAACUGUUUCUGAGGUAGAAAAAGCUGCCAAGGAGCUUCUGGAGAUCAUUGAAGUGAAGAAAAUUUAUAUGGAGCAAGUUAGUCUUGGUUUUGAUAUUGAAUGGAAACCCACAUUCAGAAAAGGGGGGAAAACAGUGAAGGCUGCAGUAAUGCAGAUAUGUGGCGAUCCGGGUCUAUGUUAUGUCAUGCACAUACAUCAUUCUGGUAUCCCUCCAGUUCUGCAGUCACUUCUUGAGGAUCCUACAUCCGUGAAGGUUGGCGUUGCAAUUGGUGGCGAUGCUGUUAAAGUUUUUAAGGAUUAUAAUGUAUGUGUUAAAUCUUUGGAGGACCUCUCAGAUCUUGCAAACAUAAAGCUUGGUGGAAUGCCAAAAAUGUGGGGUCUUCGUUCACUUGCUGAAACGCUUGUCCACAAGCAGAUAAAGAAGCCUGGAAAUACUAGACUUAGCAACUGGGAAACUUAUGUUCUAUCGAAACAACAGCUCGAAUAUGCUGCCUUGGAUGCUUUUGCUUCUUGGCACUUGUAUCAGGUUCUGAGAAGUCUUCCAGAUGCUGUAGAUAACAACGUCGCGGAAGAAGUUAAUGAUUCAUCUCCAUCAUGAAGCUCCUACCGGAGGACCCAUUUCUUGUCAUGCAUUGUUUUCUUUAGUUAAAGGAAAUUUUGAACUUAUAUGGACUUUUAUUUAUCAUCAAAUCCAUAGAGGGUUCAUAGUCUC